ACUGAUUAUUAUCACAGUUUAUCGAGUUAUUUGACAAGACUUGGAUCAGAUCCAUCGAAAUUGUUUCCACGUAGAGCUUUCUUCGAUCAACUGAAGAAGUUUGGACGUUUUGGGAUGUCAAUGGCAAUGAUUGUGCUUCCAUUCUUUACGAGCCAAGCUGACGAUAUUCCAGACAUGGAUCAAAUGGCAGAAAAUAUGAAAGAAGCAAUGGACAAGGGCGAAGAAGUUGACACAAAAUUGUUCAAUUUCACUUCUGACAAAACCAAAGAUGCUUAUAAGACAAGAAUGGUUGGCGUUUUUGAAGAUGUUUACGAUCUUGGAUACAUUUGAAAUGUUUAUAAUUUUUUGAAGCAAUAAAUU